UGCCACUCGGGGUUCUGCAUUACCCCUGAACAACGUUCUGUCCCUCAGCAGCUCAGGGCGGCGACGACAUGUCGAAGCGGUUGAUCAGUGGCCCGAGGAAGAGGCUAAGGAAAGGUCUGUGGUCUCCUGAGGAGGACAUGAAGCUGAUGAACCAUGUUUUCAAGUAUGGCCAUGGCUGCUGGAGCUAUGUCCCCAAGCUAGCAGGCAUUGAUAGGGGUGGAAAGAGCUGCAGGCUUAGGUGGCUAAACUACCUCAGGCCUGACCUCAAGAGGGGUGCAUUCUCUCUCGAAGAGGAACAUCUCAUCGUCCGUCUCCAUUCCAUCUUAGGCAAUCGAUGGUCUGAGAUCGCGGCGCGGCUGCCGGGGCGGACGGACAACGAUGUCAAGAACUUCUGGCACUCCAUCAUCAAGAAGAAGCUCCGCCGGAGUGGCAUCGACCCGGUCACCCACAAGCCGGUCACUGAGGGAAACAGCAACCGUGCUACCGUGGCCACCGCCACAGCCGCAACACUCAAGGCCGAGUUCUUUGAAGCCGGGCAUCAUCUGUCUAAUGUUCCUCCUCAGGCGAUGGCAGAAAGCUACUUGCACGUCCAUAGUAGCAACAUGGACGACGGCGCCAGCGCAGGCGCCCAGGCCUCGGUGAUCGACCACGGGUGCUGCAGCAACAUAUCCAUGGCGCCGUUGGGGUACACCCAAACUGGGGACUUGAUCACUGGCUACUUGGAGUUGGAUACUAUGCACAUGCACCCGCCCAUUAUCCCGGUGGUGUCGAGCUCCUCCAGCACGGUGUGCUCGAUCGCUGCCGUAAGCUCCGCUGGCACCGUAGGCACCAGUGCCACGGUUGAGCAAUGCAACAAUAACCAGCUGUGGCUGGAGUCGGGGUGGAUGGAUACCUUCACGGACGCUGCCACCGAUAACUAUGGCACCGGCGCAGGCGCGACGCUUGAUGAUCUCAAGUGGUCUGACUGCGUGUUCGACGCCCGCUACCAGCUGCGCAGCUAG